UCAUGAGUAUUUCCUCAAUCACAAAAGGGUUUCACAAUCGUCCGGCACCAUCAUUAACGCUCUAAUCAUGCCCUUCUACCGCCGGCUUCUCCUCCACUUGGUCCGCUCCAAUGCCGGUGAAACCCCCACAUCCGCCAAAUCACGGCCUGCCUUCCUCUUUUUUACGUCCCGCCACUCCGCCUUCUCCUCCCUCGAAGAGGCCGCAGCGGAGCGCCGCCGUCGCAAGCGCCAACUUCGAAUCGAGCCCCCCACCCUCCGUGACUCCGGCGCCCCCCGCCCCACUCGCAACUCCAACUCCCCCCGCCUUCCCGACGCCACCUCCUCCCUCGUAGGUCCUCGCCUCAGCCUCCAUAACCGUGUUCAAACUCUAAUCCGCGCCGGAGAUCUCGACGCCGCCUCGGCCCAAGCCCGCCACGCCGUCUUCUCCCCCAUCAAACCCACCGUCUUCACCUGCAACGCCGUCAUGUCUUCCAUGCACCGCGCUCGCCGCUUCGACGAUGUCUUCGCCCUCUUCCACUUCUUCUUUGCCCAGCAAAACAUCAUCCCCAACAUUGUAUCCUACAACAUCCUCAUAAACGCUCACUGCGACGCCGGCCAGGUAAAUACAGCCCUUGAUUUAUACCACCAUAUCCUUCUCAAUGCCCCGUUCACCGCCUCCACUUACACCUACCGCUACCUCAUCAAAGGCCUAGUGGACUCCAGCCGAAUUGCUGACGCUGUCAGCCUCCUUCAGGAAAUGCUCAACCGUGGACAUUCCGCGGAUACUAUAGUCUACGACACCGUAAUCGCAGGUUUCAUCGAGCUGAAUGACAUGGAAAAGGCUAUUGAGCUAUUCGACGAGCUGAGAGAGCGGUGUCUCGUCUACGAUGGGGUAGUUCAUGCAACUUUGAUGAAGGGAUAUUGGAAGCUUGGAAUGGAUAAGGAAGCUAUGGAGUGCUACCAGUCAUUGCUCGACCGCCAGUUCAGGAUGCAUCCUGCGACCUGCAAUGUUCUCUUAGAGACGCUUCUCCAGCACGACAAGGUCACAGACGCCCAGCAACUAUUCGACCAAAUGCUGGAUGAGCACAAGCCUCCUGUUUUCAUGGGUAUAAAUGCAGAAACAUACAAUAUAAUGAUCAAUCAUUGCUUUAAGAAAGGGAAAUUUGCAGAAGCCAUUGAAGUUUUCAACAAUACGGGAUUAAAACCCCUGCCUAAGGAUCUAGGACGCUACAAUUACAUUAUUGGGAUGCUCUGCAAAAAUGGAAUGAUACAAGAUGCAGUUCAUCUGUUCGAAGAAAUGCUGAGCCAAGCCAUAGAACCUGAUGCUGCCACCUAUGGCUUCAUCGUUGAUGGAUACUUAAGGGAUGGGAGGAUUGAGGAUGCUAUGGUGUUUAUUGACAAGCUAGUGAUUGGUGGAGAGGCUGCAUUAAAGGCUGCUGUGGAAAUCUGCAACAUAAUGGUUGAUGAAUUGGUGAAGGCCGGAUGUGUGAUCCAGGCUAUGGAGGUGUUUAGAAAGAUCGGGGUGAGUAGUUCAAUGGCGAAUGCGGCUACCUACCAGGUUUUGAUGACUGGUUUGUGUAAAGUAGGGGACUUUGACGGUGCUCGGGCAUUAUUGGAAGAGAUGGUGAACUGUGGUGUUGUUGUUAGUAUUGAACUCCAGUCUUUUGUAUCUGAGAAUUUUGAGAAGGCAGGUCGUAGUGCAGAGGUAGAAUUGCUGCUUGCGUCUAGUGCUGCUGCUUCUCCUCAAGCUACUUCUGCUCAGUGCGUUGAGGGCAAGUUUGCUCCUCGAGCCAGCUCCCAACAGUUUUCAGGUGACAUUUUUGCUCCUUUGGCUAAUCUGCAGGCAGCAGCUUGAUUUAUAUAUAUAUAUAUAUAUAUAUAUAAAUCAGAAGCAGCAUUAUUUUGAUUUAUAAGAAAUGUACAAUCAAACGCUCGUUGGAAUUGGGGGUUAUUCCCAGCAUAUUCAUUGAUAAAAUUUGAUUACCCAAGUGAUUUAGUUUUUACA